AUGUUGACAGAGUUGGAUAAAUGGAGGAAUGAGGCCUAUGAGAGUUCCCGCAUUUACAAAGAGAGGGCCAAGAAAUUCCAUGAUUUGAGCAUCCGCACCAAGGAAAUCAAGCCAGGAGAUGAGGUGCUAUUAUACAAUUCGAAAUUACGUUUGUUUCCUGGCAAGUUGCAAUCAAGAUGGACAGGGCCAUAUGUGGUGCAUAAGAGCAAUUGGAAUGGGACGUAUGAGUUGUUUGCCGCUGAUGGCACUACCUUCACUGUCAAUGGUCAUCGUCUCAAACCAUACUUCAAGUCAAACGUGGAUCGUGGUCUUGAAGUUGUCAAAUUCAAUGACCCAUGA